UCCCUGAUCUACCUCAUCUACCUGUUACUCAUUCCACUUUUUGCAGAACCAACAAGGAUCACCAUGCAGGGCCACACGGGGCGCCUCCUGAAAUCCCUGUGCUUCAUCAGCAUGUCCUUCCUACUGAUACACAUCAUCUAUCAGAUCACUGUCAACAGUCUGCUGGCAGGCGGUAGUAUCAAGCCAGGAUUCAACUGCUCUACUUGGGAGAAAUCCAUCCGACAGCUGGGCUUUGAGAGUGUGUUUGGUGCAGACGCAGGCAAUGGUAUACGGGUGUUCAUCCCAGACAUUGGCGUGUUCAUGGCCAGCCUGUCCACCUGGCUGGUGUGUCGGAGUCUGGUGCAGACUCCUCUCACGGAGGACCUGGCCCAAUACAACAUGGACUUUGAGGCAGAAGAGCAAGAAGAGUUGGAGGAUGAAGAGGAGCAGGAGGAGAGGGCAGAGGAAGAUGAGAACAUUCUCCUGGAUGAGGAUUUUGAGGCAGGAAAUGAGUUUGAUGUGUAUGAAGAGGAGCUUGCAGAGGAUGCUGAGGAGCAGGAGGAGAGCACCAAAAUGAGGAUACUUCGCCGCAUUGCGGGUGUGGCUUCCAAAGUCAAGGAAAUUAUAGGCAAUCUCAUCACCACUGCAGGACAAGUAGUUGUCACCAUAUUGCUUGGUCUAACAGGGAUCAUGCUGCCCUCUCUGACAUCUGCCGUGUAUUUCUUCGUCUUCUUGGGCCUCUGCACCUGGUGGUCUCUGUGCCGGACAUUUGAGCCUCUGGUCUUCAGCUGUCUGUGUGUGCUGAUGGCCAUCUACAGCGCUGGCCACCUCAUUGUACUUUACAUGUACCAGUUGCAGUUCUUUCAGGAAGCCGUUCCAGCUGGAGACAGCUACGCGAGUUUGUUUGGCAUCUCGCCCAUCAUUCGAAGUGACUGCUUGUACACAUGGAAACUUUUGGUCCAUGAUGGGCUGAGGUGGCAUCACUUUGUGAAUCCCAUUAUGCUUUUGGUGCUUUACUACACUCUGGCCACCCUCAUCCGCCUUUGGCUCCAGGACCCCAUUGACACGGCGUCAGAAGAAGGAGAGGCGAGUGAGUUGGAGGAGCCGGAGGAGAGCGAUGCAGACAAUACGGCCCAAGGGAAGAGGAAGAGAUGGAUGAAGGCUCACUACACCACGGAGGAGAGGAAGCUUAUAUCCACCCAAGAUGGCUACAGCACUUCUGAUGUACUGGUGGUGACCUCCAACGGGACUUCUCUUGAUUACAUCCCCUCGUCCUUGCCUUGUGAGAAUGGGCCUACCACACUAGACCUGUACUCCACUCCGCAGUACAAAGUGGACCUCAGAGAGGAGGAGGCUGAGGAGAAGAAGGAUGGUAGUGUCUGCGAGGUCAGUGAUGCUCAAGAGGUUGCAUCUGUGGUGACAGAAGUGGACGAGAACACUAAGUCCAGCACUUUAGCUACAAUUUUCAAGUUCAUAAUGAAACAGAGCUACAUUUGCGCUUUGAUAGCCAUGAUGGCAUGGAGUAUCACUUAUGUUAGCUGGCUGACCUUUGUGUUCCUGAUCUGGUCGUGCACCCUGUGGAUGAUGCGUGACAGGCGCAAGUACGCCAUGCUCACCUCGCCAUUCAUGGUCAUGUAUGGAAACCUGAUGAUCAUCCUCCAGUACAUCUGGAGCUUUGAGCAGAUCAAAGGCAUCGCAGGACUCUUCUUAAAGCAGGAUGUGCCCUUUCCGGAGCUUGGCUCAAAGAUCCUGUUUCUCCUGACCUUCUGGCUGCUGCUGCGGCAGUUCCUCACUGAGAGACAGGAGAGGCUAAAGCAAGACACAGAGCUUCUGGACGUCAAAGUGGAUGACCUGAAAAAAGAGGAAGAGCAUGAUAAAGAAGAGGAAGGUGACAAAGAGAUCAUGCAGGUCCUGGGCAACAUGGUGAUGGCCAUGUUUGUCAAAUACUGGAUCUAUAUCUGUGGAGGCAUGUUCUUCUUCGUCAGUUUUGAGGGUCGCACUGUCCUGUAUAAGAUAAUCUACAUGAUGAUGCUGCUCUUCUGUGUCGCCUUAUACCAGGUUCACUAUGAAUGGUGGAGGAGGAUCUUGAAGUAUUUCUGGAUGUCAGUGGUAGUCUACACUAUGCUGGUUCUCACUUUGGUCUACACGUUCCAGUUUGAAACUUCACCUCACGUUUGGUCAAAUAUGACAGGACUUACCAUAAACGAGUUGAAGGACCUGGGUCUGGAGAGAUUCUCUGUACGUGAACUCUUUAUUCGGAUCUUCAUUCCAACCUCCUUCCUCCUCGUUUGCAUCCUGCACCUGCACUACUUCCACGACCGCUUCCUGCAACUUACGGACCUGAAGGCUGUGCAGGCCAAGCAGGAGAGCACCAUUUACAGACUGGCUCAUCCUGAUGGCAGCUUGGCUGACAUUGCCAUGAUCAGCUCUCCUGCGGGAAUAGACAUGAAGGAGCAAGAGGAAAAGGCACUGCUGGAUGAAGGCAUGGAGAAGUCAAAGCAAAAGGAGGCCCUGGAAACCCCUGGAAAGGCUGAGAGUCGUCACUUAAGCGAGGGCACUGAGGAGCCCCCCUCAGAACAGAGCUCAGAUUUGAAGAACAAAUGGCAUCUAGUAGUGGACCGUUUAACUGUACUCUUCCUCAAGUUCCUUGAGUACUUCCACAAACUUCAGGUCUUCAUCUGGUGGCUUCUGGAGAUGCACAUAAUCAAAAUUGUGUCCUCAUACAUCAUUCUGGUUUGUAUCAAUGAGGUGACGCUGUUUAAUUAUGUUUUCCUGGCAUCCUGGGCCUUUGCCCUUCCUUUCAGCCAAUUUCGACCUUUGGCUUCCAGUGUGUGUACAGUCUGGACCUGUGUCAUCAUUGCCUGCAAAAUGUUGUAUCAGCUAGAUGUCAUUGAACCAAAAGUGUAUUCCAGCAAUUGCUCAAUGCCUGACUACACAAUCGACCAGAAGAACAAGAUGCAGAAAUCCCUCUUGUACAGUGAUUUGAUAGACCCCUCCAACUGGGUGGGCUUGCAGAAGUAUGGAAAGCUGCUGGGUAGCCUGAGGAAUAACUUCUUGAUGCUGGCCAUCUUGGCUUUUGAGGUCACCAUUUAUCGUCACCAAGAGUACUACCGGUUAAGAAACAACCUCAUACCUCCCGUUGCUCGGAUAAUAUUUCAUGACAUCACGCGGCAGCACCUUGAUGAUGGCAUUAUCAGCUGUGCCAAAUACUUCAUCAACUACUUCUUUUACAAGUUUGGGGUUGAGACAUGCUUCCUGUUGGCAGUCAACGUGAUUGGACAGCGGAUGGAUUUCUAUGCCAUGCUCCAUGCAUUCUCCCUGAUUGCGGUCAUGUACCGGCGGCGGAGGAAAGCCAUUGCUGAGGUCUGGCCCAAGUACUGCUGCUUCCUGGCCUGCAUGUUGACCUUCCAGUACUUUGUGUGUAUCGGAAUUCCACCAGCUGCCUGUAAAGAUUACCCAUGGAGGUUUCCCAAUUCUACCAUGAACUCUGACGUAGUAAAGUGGCUCUAUUUCCCCGAUUUCCUCACCAAGCCCAAUCCCAUGUUUCUUGCUUAUGACUUCAUGCUGCUCCUCUGCGCCUCUUUGCAGAGGCAGGUGUUUGAGGAUGAGAAUAAAGCAGCGAUGCGCAUCAUGGCUGGAGACAAUGUGGAGAUUUGCCGUGACUUGGACGCUGCCUCCUUUAGUCUGCACAACCCGGUCCCAGACUUCAUCUACUGCAGGUCUUACCUGGAUAUGCUGAAGGUCAUUGUGUUCAGUUAUCUCUUCUGGUUUGUGCUCACUAUCAUCUUCAUCACGGGAACAACCCGUAUCAGUAUUUUCUGCAUGGGCUACUUGGUGGCCUGCUUUUACUUUCUGCUUUUCGGCGGGAAUCUGCUCCUCAAGCCAAUUAAGAAAAUCCUGCACUUCUGGGACUUCCUGAUUGCCUACAACGUGUUCGUGAUCACCAUGAAGAAUGUCUUGUCGAUAGCGGCCUGUGGCUUCAUCAUCCCUUUGGUUAAAAAUAAUUGCUGGGUUGUCCAGUUGUUCAGUCUUGCUUGCACCAUUAAAGGAUACUCAGAACCUCCCAAAGAUAGGUGUGAACUGCCCAAAGGCGAGGCAGGUAUCAUCUGGGACAGCAUCUGCUUUGCCUUCCUGCUCCUGCAGCGUCGUGUCUUCAUGAGCUACUACUUUCUACAUGUGGUGGCCGAUAUCCGCUCCUCCCAGAUCUUAGCCUCAAGAGGCGCAGAGCUCUUCCAGGCCACCAUAGUGAAAGCUGUCAAGGCAAGAAUUGAGGAGGAGAAGAAGUCCAUGGACCAGCUCAAAAGACAAAUGGACCGCAUUAAGACUCGCCAGCAAAAGUUUAAGAAGGGCAAGGAGAAGAUGCUGAGUAUGGCACAGGAAUCAGGCGAAGGCCAGAAGUUUGUCCAAGAGGAGGAUGAUGAAGCAGAAGCAGAGAAAGCCAAGGGCAAAAAAAAGGCCUGGUGGCGUCCGUGGGUUGACCAUGCUUCCAUGGUGAGAAGUGGAGAUUAUUACUUGUUUGAGACUGACAGUGAGGAUGAAGAGGAGGAAGAAGAUGAAAAAAAACAGGAAGCGCCUCCCAAGAAAUCAGCUUUUCAGAAAGCAAUCCGAAAAUUUGCCUCUGCUCUAUUGGCUUUGCCAAGGUCAAUAAUUAAGCUGCCCAAAACUAUACUUCAGUAUGUAAUCAGGGCAGCAAAGUUUGUAUACCAUGCCUGGAUUGCAGACUCCAAAAUUGCCUUGAAAGAACGUAGCAAAGAGAAGCGCAAGUUCUGGAAAAGGUAUACAGGAAGGGGCAGAGCUAGGAAGGACAAGAAGGAAGAUCAUGUGGCAAUAGAGGUAGAUGAUCUGGGUGAAGAUGGAACAGAAGAGGAUUCCAAGAAGUCUGAUGGACCUGACAACAUCAUUAAACGGAUUUUCAACAUCAUCAAGUUCACAUGGAUCUUGUUUCUCACUACAUUGGAGAGCUUCACGGCCUGGCUAAAUUCCAUGUGCCGUGAGCACAUCGACAUCUCCACUGUACUUCGUAUGGAGCGUUGCAUGCUCACGCGAGAGGUCAAGAAGGGCAACGUUCCCUCUCGGGAGAGCAUCCACGUGUACUACCAGAAGCAGAUGCGUAUGAACGUGUCCCGUGAGUCGGGACUGGACCAGAUAGAGGAGGAAGACUCGACGUGCAAUUCCCAGAGUGCCAUGCUCAAGCAGUACAAGAUGGAGAGUCAGGACUCAAUGGCCUCUCGUGAUAGCAUUUCCAGCGCCUACACCGAGGCCACCAUGCUCUUCUCCCGCCAGUCCACACUGGAUGAUCUGGACGCGACGUCCGAGUCCAUCCCCAAAACCAGCGAGCGUGCCCGGCCCAAAUUGCGUAAAAUGUACAGCAUGGAGAUUUCCACAUCCUCGGCGGACAGCGGCAGCAGCAUUGUGUCCAGCGAGGCCACCCAGUGCAUCAUUCUGUCAUCACGCCAGGGUACUGCAGAGACCAUUGAGGAAGUGGAGGAUGAGCAGGAACCUGGCGAUGAUGAGCAAAGCCAGUGGAGACCCACAGAACAAAAUGCAGAAGGGGAGCAAGACCCAUGGUGGCCUGGAGAACCAGGUGUAGAGGAGCUCAAGCCAAUGGGGGAGAAGGAAGAAGAGGAGGAGGAGGGCUAUGAGCUUAACGAUGAUGACUGUUGUCUGAAGGUGGAUGAGUGCAUGGCCCAAUCCUACACCCCUGACACAGAUGCCCCCGCCACCUGCACUGAUGCAACAUACCCAACAGACGCAGACGUGCCACCCUCUUAUAGCAAAGCUGUCAGCUUUGACCACAUCUCGGUCAGCUCGGAUGAGGAUGGAGACAGGCGGCUCAUGGUCAUGACUCCUGAUGAAAGUAGAUCAGACUACAUGGACGAUAUCCCUCUUCCUUCCCUCACCCAUGAGCUGACUGCCAGCGAGCUGCUACUCAACAAGAUGUUCCAUGACGAGGAGCUAGAAGCCUCAGAGCGGUUCUACCAGGGCCAACCCCAGCUGCUACAGCUGUGCUAUGCCCUGUACAACAUGCUGGUGGCACGUUCCGAGAUGGUCUGCUACCUGGUCAUCAUCCUAAACCAUAUGAUCUCUGCCUCCAUGGCCACACUAGUGCUGCCCAUCCUCAUCUUCCUGUGGGCAAUGCUGUCCGUGCCACGGCCUAGCAAGCGCUUCUGGAUGACAGCCAUUGUCUACACAGAGGUUGGCAUUGUCAUCAAGUACUUUUUCCAGUUUGGCUUCUUCCCCUUUAAUCAGAAUAUUUCUGUGGACAAGAGCAAACCCUACCACCCUCCCAACAUCAUUGGUAUUGAGAAGAAGGAUGGUUACGUUCACUACGACCUGGUUCAGCUCCUCGCCCUCUUCUUCCACAGAUCCAUCCUUAAGUGUCAUGGACUAUGGGAUGACGAUGACCCCAACAAACCUCAGAAGGGUCACCUCCACCGGGAAGACAGUGAAGAUGAGGCACAGAUGGCAUCAGAAAUACAGGAGAGGAAGGGCUCUGACCACUCACUCAAGUCUGUGAACCUAGCGGCUUCACUAGAAUCAGUACACGUGCGCUUCCCCGAGUCCCAGGCCCACCAGCGCCGCAAAAGCUCUACUGCCAGUUCUCACAUCUCCCGCCGUUCCUCCUACUCGACCCGCUCAAAAAGAGGUAGCACAAGCACUCACAACAGCAGCCGCAGAACAGGCAGCGAGAGUGGAGUUCAGCCCAAAAGACGCAAGGAACUCUUAAUGGACAAGCUCCAGGAACAGUUCAUCAGAGCCAAGGCUUUUACCAUCAAGAAAGCACUGGAGAUCUACCUUCCCAUUCGUCAGUUUUUCUACAACUUGAUUCACCCAGAAUACAGUGCCGUGACCGACGUCUACGUUUUGAUGUUUCUGGCUGACACUGUUGACUUCAUCAUUAUUGUGUUUGGAUUUUGGGCAUUUGGGAAACAUUCAGCAGCUGCUGAUAUCACUUCCUCGCUGUCGGAGGACCAGGUCCCAGAGGCCUUCCUUGUUAUGGUCCUGAUCCAGUUUAGCACCAUGGUUGUGGACAGGGCCUUGUACCUCAGGAAGACUGUUCUUGGAAAGGUCAUUUUUCAGGUCAUCCUUGUCUUCGGGAUCCAUACUUGGAUGUUCUUCAUACUGCCUGGGGUUACACAGAGACGCUUCAAUCAGAACACGGUGGCACAACUCUGGUACUUUGUGAAGUGCAUUUACUUUGGCUUGUCAGCCUAUCAGAUCCGCUGUGGUUAUCCCACCCGUGUGCUGGGCAACUUCCUUACUAAGAGCUACAACUAUCUCAACCUCUUCUUCUUCCAAGGGUUUCGACUUGUUCCUUUCUUGACCGAGCUCCGCGCAGUAAUGGACUGGGUGUGGACAGAUACCACGCUCAGUUUAUCCAGUUGGAUUUGUGUGGAGGAUAUCUAUGCCCACAUCUUUGUGCUGAAAUGCUGGAGGGAGUCAGAGAAGAGGUACCCCCAACCUCGGGGACAGAAGAAAAAAAAGGUGGUGAAGUAUGGCAUGGGAGGCAUGAUUGUGGUACUACUCAUAUGUAUUGUGUGGUUCCCUCUCCUCUUCAUGUCCUUGGUGAAAUCAGUAGCCGGUGUGGUCAACAAGCCCCUAGAUGUCUCAGUCACCAUUACCCUCGGGGGUUUCCAGCCUAUUUUUACCAUGAGUGCCCAGCAAAAUCAAUUAAAGGAUACCAGCAGCCAACAUUUCAGGAACUUCAAAGACGAGUAUCAGAAUAAUGACAGUGCACAACAGUUCCUGGAUGCCUACACCUAUGAGGAUCUCACCAUUGCAGAACUAGAGGGCAACUCCAACUCCAUGUGGACCAUAAGUCCACCAAGCAGGGAGAACUUGAUAGAGCUCCUGGGCAAAGAUGGCGAGUUUCCCAUCACCAUGGCACUGUCAGUUCAGAGAAACCUGACUCUGGGGGCAAAAGCCGAAGUUGCAUCAUAUAAACAUAUUGCAUAUCUUGGAAAUAAUACCAAGAAAGAGCUUCUUCAUUUGUUGAAUGGAACAAGAAAUGAACCUGUAUCGAUACCACAUAUCUUCCCAUGCUAUAUCCGAGCACCUAGUACCUCUGAAGCCAAGCCUGUCAGUCAGCUCUAUACAGACAAUAAGUACAAGGACAUCACGUUGUAUUUGAAUUCAACAAGUACAAAAGAUGAAAUACAGGGCUGGUGGAUUGUCAACCAGACCGACUCCUGUCACAGCAAACCUAAAAACAGGACUGGUCUGGAGCUGUGUGUGUUCAGUGAUCAAGUUAGCCCACCCAGUCUGGGCUUCCUGGCAGGAUAUGGGAUCAUGGGCCUGUACGCGUCAGUAGUGCUGGUAAUUGGGAAGUUUGUACGCGAGUUCUUCAGUGGCAUCUCCCACACAAUUAUGUUUGAGGAGCUCCCCAAUGUGGACCGCAUCCUCAAACUCUGCACUGACAUCUUCCUUGUGCGCGAGACAGGAGAGCUGGACCUUGAAGAGGACCUUUACGCUAAGCUCAUCUUCCUUUACCGUUCACCAGAGACCAUGAUCAAAUGGACUCGAGAGAAGUCACAGUGAGGAAAUGGCACGUGACCUUUAACAUUUAGAGGAGCCAAAAGGGAUGAGUACAAAAAUCAAAGAAAAGCACAAUCUCGUCGAAAAGGACCGUCCGUUGUCUGUGGAUUGUGCCGCGGCUGUAGAGCAUUUCCACUGCCUGCUGCAGGAGAGACUGAUGAGUGAGGAACUCAUAAACUGCACAUGCUGUUUUUUGUAACUGUUCCUUUUGAACUUCAUUUAAAGCAUUGCAGAUACCAGUCAGUCUUCUUACUUAUGGAUUAACAUGAGGGCUAUACAUUUGUGCGACCACUCCUGCCACUCAGAUCUCUGGAUGUCAAUUUGCAAGCACUGGGGUGUGCAAUAUAGAGCCCUGAAUGGCUGGCAGUUGCUUGAAAGGACACAAUUUUUUCACCGAGCUACAUCAGAAAAACUAAAGGGCCACGACUGACUGACACUAGCCACUUUUUAAAUUUAAGACAUUUAAAUAAUCCUUGUAUUAAAUCAUAUGACAAUCCGUACUUGCCUUAUUUUGUUUGUAGAAUAAAAUUGAUAUGUAUUAACCACAAUGGAAUUUUUUCUCAGGAAAACACAAGUCAUCUCACCAGGACGGUCUUUCUUUUCAGUUUUUACCGAAUGUGGGAGUGCAUGAAAUAAAUGGUGGGGUGGACCUGACAAGAACUCGAGCAUCUGAGCAUCGAUAAUUGUCAGUUACGCAACUUAUUAUUGGAAGGCGGUUACAAGGACGUGACGAGUUGGUGGACAUCUAAAGAAUGUAAAACCUGGGUGGUGCAGAUCUUCUCCCGUGAUAUCUGAGCCAGAGGGAGCCUCACUGCAGCUGAGCACAAAAGGUUCAGCCAUGGGCAGGAGAUCAAGACACCUGGACACUAAUGUCCACCUCACUCGUCCCAGAGUUUUUAAGAACAUUUUAUUUUAAGUCCAAGUUAAACUUUCAAGCCAAAAUUCCACUUUCAAUAAAGUCACAGAGACAAUGCAGAAGAGCUAUAUGAAAGUCAUUGUGACAAAUAAAAAAAAUACAUAUAUAUAUAUAUAUAUAUUGCUUUUAAUAAUAAAGGUAAGCCCUUUGGUGAGUGACAUGACAGUCAAUCUAUGCAUCAGAAGAUAAUGUAGCAUGAAAGAGAAAUAAAUUAUUGCUAUGAAUAAUUUUCAUUCCAUGUGCGUACAUUUUCGGGAAAGCAACAAAUGUGAAUAUCAGUUUCACUGUGUACCUGUAUAUGUAAAGGUCCUGUGGUGUAGCCCUGGUUCCGUGACCUGAAAAUAAAGCUACGUUGGAAAGGUU